GUGCACCCCAAACGCCACUUGCCAUCAGCCCCAAAACGAAACCAAGAGUAAGAAAACAAGCCUAUAAUUCGAGUAAGCAAAAGUUUAAAUAUGCUGUUCAUAACUUUUGAUUGUUACUGAUAAAAGCCAACUACAAAUUACCAUAAGCUAUAAGCAGCGUUCAGAUAUGCUGCACCCAUUUGGAUUGCUCUAUUAGUCAAUGAUUUGAAGGAAAAAACUGUUUGCUGAUAGCUGAUAGAAGUUCCAAUCUUUAUGCUGAUUGCUGAUAGUUUCUAUUGGUGCUGCUUUGGUGCCUCCUUUCACCUGUUUUUCUUUCGAAUUCAGUUGGAUUCCAUAGCUCCAUGACAAAGGGUGUUUGGAGGCGCGUUUGCUCGCUCGUUUAUGGACCAUAUGGCUCCUAUUUUUCAACACCCUCUACUCACAGUAUAUCACAGCGAUCAUAAGAACGCACAAACGUUGAAUCAUCAAUUGAUUUCUCGCUGAGCUCACAAACAGCGUUGCGAGGCCAUAAAUUAAGGAACAUCGGAGAAACUCGGACAGAAAUCGCAGCGCCAUGGCCAAGUGUGGAAACCGAAUGUGGCCCAUUCUGCUGCUACUCACAGUGGCCCUGGUGCUCGUCUGGCGCAACUUGCAACAGGCAAAGCAUCUCAGUCAAGCGCAGAUAUCCAGCCGAAGCAGAUCCCAUUUUACCUUUGAUGAAUCUUUGUACACAACCGAGGAGUUUUCGGAGGAUUAUCAGCAAGUGGAACAGCCACCCAUACCACCGCUCACCCCACGCGGCCAGUUGUUGCAACAAUUGCUAAAAUGCCGCACGAGAAAUCUUACAUUUGAGCGGCUGCAACAUGGCGAAUACUGGCUGUUGCAGAAUCUAAUUGUUGGCCGCAAAAGUCGGCUGAUGCGUUGCACGGAAUCGAUCACAUACACCACCAAUGGGGAUUAUACGUUCUUCGAUAAUUUGGAAAUGGUGGCAGAACGCUGGCGCGCACCCAUUAGCUUUGCCAUCCACGCACCCGGCUACGAUCUAAACACCACACUUGACUCCAUACAAUAUGUGAAAAAUUGUCUGCCUGGCAGCGAGUACAUCAAUGACUUUGUCACAUUUCAUUUGUAUUUUUCGAAUUUGCAUAUGCCCGUAAAUGUGCCACACAACGAGGCAGAGGUGCUGCAGCGGCCCUUUGUUUGUGAGCUAAAAAAUGGCACCCAAGCACCGCCGCCAUGGACUUUGAGGCCGCGUGAGGCUAUGUACAAGGUGGCCGCAAAUCUCACAUACCCGAUCAAUGUCGGACGGAAUAUAGCACGAAAGGCGGCCAAUACGUACUUUAUCUUUGCUUGCGACAUCGAACUUUAUCCCAGUGUGGGUUUUGUGGAUCAGUUUCUCGAUAUGGUGGUUGCUAAUCAGAGCAUUCUGGCCCUGGAUCCCAAGCAGCCUGGUCGUGUCUAUCCUUUGCCUGUCUUUGAGCUGCAAGCGGGUGUACCUGUACCCAAUGACAAGGCGCAGCUGCUGGCCCUGUACCGUGAGGGUUUGGCUCAAACGUUUCACAAAAAGAUGUGUGCCUCAUGCCACAAGGUGCCGGGGCAAGAGCAAUGGCUGAAUCGUGCGCCCAGCGUCACGAAUGAGCUGCACGUGUGGAGCGAAGCGUUGCGGGAGAAGGAGUUUAGGUAUUGGGAGCCCUUCUAUGUGAGCGACAACAAGGAGCCAAUUUUCGAUGAGCGAGUGACGUGGGAGGGGCAGUCCAACAAACGGAUACAGAACUAUGCCAUGUGCCUCUUGGGCUAUGAAUAUCACGUCCUGCAUCCCGCCUUCCUCGUCCACAGUCCCGGCAUCAAGAAGAACAAUGGCACGCAAUCAACUCGCCAGAUAUACGCCCGAGAUAUGACGCGUUUCAUUAAAACCAAAAUCGAGCCCGAAUAUCGAGUCUUGUAUGGCCGCCGAAAGAGCUGCACAACGUGACACGAGCUGGGGAGGAACUCCCAAUAGAACGGAAUUUAGAUACAGAAAGUGAUAUUCUCCCCCAUUUAUUUUGCUAAGUGUUCGUUUUGUUAUUUACAUUUUAAAUAUAGCCAUUCAAGGCCA